AUGUUGGAAGUUCUGACUGCAGCAGAAGUUGGAAUAAUUGAAAGUAUUCAGCUUAGAAACUUCAUGUGUCAUUCGAUGCUUGGACCCUUUAAAUUUGGUUCUAAUGUCAACUUUGUUGUUGGCAACAAUGGAAGUGGGAAGAGUGCUGUACUUACAGCUCUCAUAGUUGGUCUUGGUGGAAAAGCAGUUGCUACUAACAGAGGAUCUUCUUUAAAAGGCUUUGUAAAAGAUGGGCAGAACUCAGCAGAUAUCUCAAUAAUAUUAAGAAACAGAGGAGAUGAUGCAUAUAGAGCAAAUGUGUAUGGUGACUCUAUCACUGUGCAGCAACACAUCAGCAUGGAUGGAAGUCGAUCUUAUAAACUAAAAAGUAAAACAGGUACUGUGGUUUCUACUAGGAAAGAAGAGCUGGUUGCAAUUCUUGACCAUUUUAACAUCCAGGUGGAUAACCCUGUUUCUGUUUUAACACAAGAGAUGAGCAAGCAGUUCUUGCAGUCUAAAAAUGAGGGAGAUAAAUACAAAUUCUUCAUGAAAGCAACCCAACUUGAACAGAUGAAGGAAGAUUAUUCAUAUAUUAUGGAAACAAAAGAAAGAACAAAGGAGCAAAUAAAUCAAGGAGAAGAGCGGCUUACUGAACUAAAGCGCCAGUGUUUGGAGAAAGAGGAACGUUUUCAAAAUAUUGCUGGUUUAAGUACAAUGAAGACUAAUUUAGAGUAUUUGAAACAUGAAAUGGCCUGGGCAGUGGUCAAUGAAAUUGAAAAACAAUUGAAUGCCAUCAGAGAUAAUAUCAAAAUUGGAGAAGAUCGUGCUGCUAGACUUGACAGGAAAAUGGAAGAACAGCAGGUCAGACUUAAUGAAGCAGAAAAAAAGUACAAGGAUAUUCAAGAUAAACUAGAAAAGAUUAGUCAAGAGACAGAUGCACGAGCACCAGAAUGUAUAGCAUUGAAAGCAGAUGUCACUGCUAAGAAGAGGACCUAUAAUGAAGCUGAGGUUUUAUAUAACCGAUCCCUAAAUGAAUAUAAAGCAUUAAAGAAAGAUGAUGAGCAGCUUUGUAAGAGAAUUGAAGAACUAAAGAAAAGUACUGAUCAAUCUUUGGAACCUGAGCGAUUGGAAAGGCAAAAAAAAAUAUCUUGGUUAAGAGAAAGAGUAAAGGCCUUACAGGAUCAAGAAAAUUCAGUCAAUCAAGAGACUGAACAGUUUCAGCAAGCCAUAGAAAAGGACAAAGAAGAAAAUACCAGAAUUAAGAGAGAAGAAUUAGAUCUGAGGAAUACACUCAAUUAUAAUCAGAGACAACUGAAAGAAUUGAAAGAUAGUAAAACUGAUCGACUGAAAAGAUUUGGCCCUCAUGUUCCAGCUCUUCUUGAAGCAAUAGAUGAUGCUUAUAGAAAAGGACGUUUUAAGUUUAAACCUGUAGGCCCUUUAGGUUUUGAAAACCUAAUAAAAGUGAAAUUUCAACUGUGCUAUCAGACAACAUUGCUUAUGAAUAAUUCUGUAGCUCGUGCAGUAAUGCAGUCCCAAAAGCCACCCAAAAAUUGUAGAGAAGCUUUUACUGCCAGCGGUGAUCAAGUUUUUUCAGGACGUUAUUAUUCAUCUGAAAAUACAAGAGCUAAGUUCUUAAGCAAAGAUGUGGAUUCUGAAAUAAGUGACUUGGAGAAUGAGAUUGAGAAUAAGAAGGCCCAGAUAUUAAAUCUUCAGCAACAUUCGUCUACCCUUGAAAAGGAUAUUAAACGAAAUGAAGAACUCCUUAGAAGGUGCCAGCUACAUUAUAAAGAGUUAAAGGUGAAAAUAAGAAAAAGUAUUUCUGAAAUUCGGGAACUUGAGAAUAUAGAAGAGCAUCAGUCUGUAGAUAUUGCAACCUUGGAAGAUGAAGCCCAAGAAAAUAAAAGUAAAAUGAAAAUGGUUGAGAAAAAUAUGGAGCAACAAAAAGAAAAUAUGGAGCAUCUUAAAAGUCUGAAGAUAGAAGCAGAAAACAAGUAUGAUGCAAUUAAACUGAAAAUUAAUCAACUGUCAGAGCUAGCAGAUCCACUUAAGGACGAAUUAAACCUUGCUGAUUCUGAAGUGGAUAACCAAAAACGAGGGAAGCGGCAUUACGAAGAAAAACAAAAAGAACACUUGGAUACGUUAAAUAAAAAGAAACGAGAGCUGGAUAUGAAAGAGAAAGAAUUAGAGGAGAAAAUGUCACAAGCAAGACAAAUCUGCCCGGAGCGGAUAGAAGUAAAAAAAUCUGCAUCAAUUCUGGACAAAGAAAUUAAUCGAUUAAGACAGAAGAUACAGGCAGAACAUGCUAGUCACGGAGAUCGAGAGGAAAUAAUGAGGCAGUACCAAGAAGCAAGAGAAACCUAUCUUGAUCUGGAUAAUAAAGUAAGGACUUUAAAAAGGUUUAUUAAAUUACUGGAAGAAAUAAUGACACAUAGAUUCAAAACAUAUCAACAAUUUAGGAGGUGUUUGACUUUACGAUGCAAAUUGUACUUUGACAACCUAUUAUCUCAACGGGCCUAUUGUGGAAAAAUGAAUUUUGACCACAAGAAUGAAACUCUUUCUAUAUCAGUUCAGCCUGGAGAGGGAAAUAGAGCUGCCUUCAAUGACAUGAGAGCCUUGUCUGGAGGCGAACGUUCUUUCUCCACAGUGUGCUUUAUUCUUUCUCUGUGGUCCAUUGCUGAAUCUCCUUUCAGAUGCCUGGAUGAAUUUGAUGUCUACAUGGAUAUGGUUAAUAGGAGAAUUGCAAUGGACAUGAUACUCAAGAUGGCAGAUUCCCAGCGUUUUAGACAAUUUAUCUUGCUUACCCCUCAAAGCAUGAGCUCACUUCCUUCAAGUAAACUCAUAAGAAUUCUUCGAAUGUCUGAUCCUGAAAGAGGACAAACUACCUUGCCUUAUCGACCUGUGACUCAAGAGGAAGAAGAUGAUAGAAGCUGAUUUAAAACUAAAUAUGCUAUGUCCUCAUUUGAAAGAUUGUGAGGGGAAGGAAUUCUGGACUAUUUGAUGAAAUAAAAUGAGACUGGAGAUAUUCUAAAAGUAAAGAAGCUCCUUUAUAUAUCUGACCACAGUAAAGUGUGUAAAUAAGCCUAGGAAACCAACUACAACCAGCAAUUUAAAAUUACUAUUACUUUCCUUUUAGAAAGUCAGUUUCAUAGUACUGGUUUUAAAUCUUUUUAAGUUUUUUUUUUUGUCUUUCUUUUUUUUUUUUUUACCAUCUACUUUUAUAGAUUCUUUUUCAGAAGUGCAACUUUGUACAUAAGUUUAUGUGAAUAUCUGUUUAGUUUGGGUUUGUUUCUACAUAGUAUUUUGUAAGAAAAUAAAAGUUUGAGCACCUGAUUAUAUAUAGUUUUGCUUUUCCAGAAUAUUACAUUCUGUGGUUAAGUUAUCAAAAAUAGAUGAAGUGAGGAAUUUCACAUUGCAGAGAGUGGGGUGCAAGGGCAGCCUGUGGACAAGUGGACUUACUGUCUGGUUUUUGCUUAUUAAUUAUGAGAGACCUACACAGGACUAUAAAUACUUUGGACAACAUUCUUGACUACAGGAAAUUUUUAACCCCAGAGAUACAAUUUUGGAUUUGGGCUAUAAAUUUCGAUUAUGGUAUUGUAUCAAAUUUAAGAUGCUUUCUAUUUAUGAGACACUUUUAUGGAGAACUGAAGCACUGCCAGCUCUGUAACCAAUAUCAGAACUGGAUAAUGAUGCAGCUUUUCAUCUUGACCUGUAGCAUGCUUGCCUGGUUUAAAAACCCUCAGUUUGCAGUCUAGGGGCUCUCAGGCUUGGACUCAGCUGAGGGAGGACACAGGCUUAGAGGGAGUGUGCAGAUCAGGCUGGGAGAGGGGCUGGGAAAAUUGGGGUGGAGGGUCGUUCCUUAUGAAGCAGGAGAGGAGGUAGAGUUGCAGGAACCAAAGGCCACGCUGCUGACAUCAAUUAUAAGACACAUCCUGAUUUUAGAGACGCUGGAAAGUGUGCUGCUUAGAAUAAUCAAAUGUGGUAUAUUGUAAGACAUGGUAUUUAUGAACUUUUUUUUUUAGGAAACAUGGGUCACAGAAAACAGGGCCACUGCCUGUAUUCUCUAUGCUGGAUACUACGAUUAGUGCUAAAUUAUUUUAAAACACGUUGGAUAUCAACAAGAAGUAUUUCUAUAUUAUUAGCAAUAUUGAAAUAAAUAUGAAAUUAAAAAGGAAAUAUUUUAAGAAAAAAGGCAGUAUUUUAAGAGCAGGGACUCUAAUACUUAUUGAGAAAAACUGGGUUUUACUUUUGGUGAGGGAGGGAGUCUAACUCAGUCUUAAAUUAAGAUCAGUUGCCAAGUGAGAAAUCCCAAAACUUGUGCUUUCUAAUCUAAGAAUUUAUAGAAAGAGGAAAAUGUGUGCUGAAUGUUUUAAACAUUCCCCAAUGACCAUACAAAGUCUGAUUUUUUAGGUAACAUUUAUAACUCAUUAGUAUCAAAACUUUUAACAUUUAUGUGUUUUUUUAAGUUAAAAAUGAAGUAGAUAUACCAAAUGCAUAAACUUUUAUUAGCUAAGGAGCUUCAGUGUCUGAAUUUUUGUAAUAGUUUUGAAUGAUCUGCUUCUUAAUACAGAAUGGGAAGUUCAGUCCUCAGGUAUCUGAGCAUCUCUUGUUGAAUUGAAGAUUAUGCAUUGCUUUAGCUUCACAAAGUUUUUGUUUCAACUGUCAUAAGUGAAAAUAUCUUCACUUAAUGUGCUUAA